CAGCGCUGGGUGUGUGCCCAGAACUGUGGAGGAACUCACAGGCACUCAGCAGGCUCCUGGUUUGUAGAGAAGACAGAAGCAAAAUGAGCACAGCAGGAAAAGUGAUAAAGUGCAAAGCAGCUGUGUUGUGGGACCUUAACAAACCCUUCUCCAUUGAGGAGGUGGAAGUUGCGCCUCCAAAAGCCCAUGAAGUCCGUAUUAAGAUCGUGGCCACGGGAAUCUGUCGCUCUGAUGACCAUGUGGUGAGCGGCAGCUUGCACACGCCUCUUCCUGCGAUUCUAGGCCACGAGGCAGCUGGCAUCGUGGAGAGCAUUGGAGAAGGAGUGACUACAGUAAAACCAGGUGACAAGGUCAUCCCGCUCUUCAUUCCCCAGUGCGGAUCGUGCAGGGUGUGUAAACACCCGGAGAGCAACUUCUGCCAGGUGGCCGAUCUGAGUGAGCCGCGGGGGACCCUGGUGGAAGGCACCUGCAGAUUCACCUGCCGGGGGAAGCCGAUCCACCACUUCCUGGGCACCAGCACCUUCUCCGAGUACACGGUGGUGGACGAGAUCUCGGUGGCGGCGAUCGACGCCGCCUCGCCGCUGGAGAAGGUCUGCCUCAUCGGCUGCGGGUUCUCCACGGGCUACGGCUCCGCAGUGAACGUCGGCAAGGUCGCUCGGGGGUCCAUCUGUGCUGUGUUUGGCCUGGGAGGGGUUGGUCUGUCUGUUGUCAUUGGCUGUAAAGCAGCGGGCGCAGCCAGGAUCAUUGCAGUAGACAUCAACAAGGACAAGUUUGCAAAGGCCAAAGAGUUAGGUGCCACUGAGUGCAUCAACCCCCAAGACUAUGACAAACCCAUCCAUGAAGUGCUACACGAAAUGACUGACGGAGGUGUGGAUUUCUCCUUUGAAGUCAUCGGUCGGCUUGACACCAUGGUUGCUGCUCUGCUCUGCUGUCAAAAUUCACAUGGUGUGAGUGUCAUUGUAGGGGUGCCUCCUAAUGCCCAAAGCCUCUCAAUGAACCCCAUGGCGCUGCUCGGUGGACGCACCUGGAAGGGAGCUCUAUUUGGUGGUUAUAAGAGUAAAGAUGCUGUCCCCAAACUUGUGGCUGAUUUCAUGGCUAAGAAGUUUCCAUUGGAACCAUUAAUAACCAACGUUUUUCCUUUUGCAAAAAUAAACGAAGGAUUUGACCUCCUUCGCGCUGGAAAGAGUAUUCGCACAGUUCUGACAUUCUGAAACCAUUCAGAUGCUUUCCCUGGAAGCCAGCCUCUGACUCCUCCUUCUCAGCGCACCUGGAGCACCGGCCUGCCACGGGGCAUCAUCAGUU